ACGCUGGAAGUGGACCUGUUGCUUGAACAGAAAAUUUCUGUUCAGGGACAAGGUCCAAGCCCUGAAUACAAGCCCAAGGACCAGCACAAAACAAAACAAAAGGAGAGCUAUGUUGAUGAGUCCAAUUGUCAACAGUUCUAGAACUGUUCUAGAACCAAGCCCAAAGGAUCAUCAUGGAAACCAGAAGAGACCAAUUUCUUAACAGUCUUCCCGCCUUCCUUCUAAGUCCACGCUGCUCAGAUUUUCCCAUGGGAAAUAUAACCAAGAGGGGGAGCAGAAGCCUGGUGGUAGACAGGGCCAAGUCGCUGGAGGAUAACCCAGUCAUUGCUCUGCACACCAAACUCUAUGAAGCCAUAAUCAAAGAAGACUGCCUGACCAUCACGGCACUCCUCAGGCACCACCCAGUCAACCAGCCACUGACCAUUCUGUCCAACUCCACCAGCUACAGACUACUUCUGAGCCAGCAUACACAGUCCAUCAUCCCCAUCCAUCUGGCCACUGAAUAUCACAAGCCCCAGAGCUUGCUUUGCUUGUUAAAACACGGUGCUGACCCAGAAGUAAGGUAAGUAACAGGGCUCACCACGCUUCACCUGAUGCUGCUCCACUGGCCGGUUACCUCCAUCACCUGGGCAAAGCCAUGCCUCCGAGUCCACAGGAUCCUCACAGACAUCCAGAACAAUGCAGUCACGUGCCUCCGCAUUUUGUGUGAGCACGGAGCUCAAGUGAAUGCCCGUGUAGACAAUGACAACAAAGACUCACCCCUCCACUUGGCCAUCACCUAUGGGACCUACCCAGUCCUCUCCAUUUUGGCCCAAAGUGGUGCCCAGGUCAAUGCCAUGAAUGAAUCCAACAUGACACCCUUGCACAUGGCAGCAGAAAUCCUGAAUAAAGACAUGAUGGAAACACUCAUUGUGUGCGGUGCCAAUGUGAACUGUGCUGUUCCUUCCACGGGAAACACAGCCCUGAAGCUGGCCGUGCGCACUGCAUCGAGCAAAGCAGGCCAGCUGCUGGCGGCAGGGGUGGGCUGCAUCCGCCUGCUGUUGACUCACGGAGCCAAUGUCAAUGCCCAGGACUACGAUGGGAAAACAGCUCUCCACCAGGCAUGUUUUGGGGGCAGAGAGGCAAUCAUCAACCUCUUGCUGGAAUUUGAGGCGAACGUGAACAUUUUAACAAAGAACGGAGAGUCCCCGGUUUACGCGUAUCUUCAGCGCAGUGCCAACCUCAGAGAUACAACGCUUCUUGCCAGGCUACUGGGCCGCACUUACCCUCUAAGACUGAUCAACAAGCAAGGAGCUCUACCUACAGGAAUCAUGCUGCCAGAAUUCCAGCUCUUAAAGGAAACCCUGAUAACCCUAUCUCAAAAGCCUUUAUCCCUGGAGGACAUCUGUAAACGACAUGUCAGAAAUAUUUACGGAGAGAAAUACAAACACCACCUGCAGCAACUUCUCCCCCAGAAAAUAUGGAACUCAGUGUAUUACUAUUAUGACUUAGGUUACCUCCUACACUAAGGACCAGAGACACUCAAGGCACUGCCAGCUUCCAUUUCAGGCUACAUGUGCACCCAAAAAGGCUCAACCCAUUGCUCCUACAUCCCAGUGUACAAACUAUUGGUUCUAAAACCUUUUCCAGAAAAUAAAGUGAUUUGCACACCAACUCUUACAGUCCUCAAUUCUCUUUUAAGUGUCUUUCAUUCUUAUGAUUUAGUUUUUGCCUAAAAAAAAAUAAGCAAGAGAAUAUUUUCUCUCAGUAGUCUUUGCUAAAAACUGGAGUAAACAACCAGAAAACAGUGUUUCACACUUAUAAUUCCAGCUAUUUAGAAGGGUGGGAUCUAAAUCGAAGCCAGCUAAGAUAGAAAAGUCCUUGAGAUUCUUAUUUCCAAUUAAUCAGCAAAAAGCCAGAAUGGAGGUAUGGUUCUAGUAGGAGUGCCAGCCAUGAGUGAAA